GUAGCUCUCUCUGGCUUGUGCCAAAAUCUGUUCAGCCAUCAUUUCAUAUUCCAAAAAUCCUGCAACGUUUUUGACUGUGAAUAGAAUAGAGACUUUUUUUUUUGUAGAGGUUUUAUGAUUAAAAUCUGAGAGAGUAGCUUUAAUAGUGUCUCUGUUCUUCUCCAUCACUAUGUCUCAAAUGAUUCAUCAAAUCUCACCUUCUCCUCCUCCUAUCACCACACCUUCCGGUAAUAACCAAAUAAACCCACUCCUUCUCUUCACCAUCAUCCUCGUCUCCGUCGUCUUCUUCCUCUGCACCCUUCUACAUUUAGUAACCAGACACUACUUAAAGAAGAAAAGAUCAACAACCCUUCCUUCCUCAACGACACAUUCCGACAACCAAAACUCACAACAUUCCGAUUCCGACACUUACAGAAGACAGCUCCGACAGCUGUUCCAUCUCCACGACUCUGGUCUGGACCAAGCUCUGAUCGACGCACUUCCUGUCUUUCUCUACAGAGACAUCAUCAAAAAAGGCUCUAAAGAGCCGUUUGAUUGCGCCGUCUGUCUCUGCGAAUUCUCCGAGGAGGAUAAGCUCCGUUUGCUUCCUGUCUGCAGCCACGCUUUCCACAUAGAUUGUAUCGACACGUGGCUUCUCUCGAACUCCACGUGUCCGCUUUGUAGAGGAGCUCUUCAGGAUUUCGGUUUGGAGUUUUCCGGCGCCGGAGACGGUGGAGAGAGGGUUUCUCCGGGGGAGAAGCCGGCGGAGAGUGAUGUCAUGAGUGGGAAGAGAGUGUUCUCAGUGAGGCUUGGGAAGUUUAGAAGCGGUAAUAAUAGUAAUGUGUGUGAAGGAGGAGGAGGAGGGGGAGAGACAAGUAGUCUUGAUAACAGAAGAUGUUUCUCAAUGGGGUCUUAUCAGUACAUAGUGGCUGAAUCUGAUCUUGUUGUGGCUUUAUGUCCUGAUAAGGAAGGUUUGAAGAGUAAUGUUGAAGGGAAGAAGAUUAACAUGAGGAGUAAAGGUGAGAGUUUUUCUGUGUCAAAGAUUUGGCAGUGGUCUAAUAAAAGAUCAAAGUUUGGAAAUCAAGGGGAGACCAAUCUGGUGGGUUCUUCUUCCUAUUAUGAUUGUUCUGCGUCUGGUAGGAGAGGUGUUGAUGGUUUGUCAUUGAAUGGAAGGAGAUUUCAGGGGCCAUGAUGAGAUUAGAAAGGUAGGUGCAGAUUAAAGGGUGGUAAAUUUUCUGCCAUUGAUUUUGAGUUUCUUUUUGGAAUUUAUUAUGUUAACACUAUACUGUAGUGGUGGUCUUUUAUUUCUCUGUAGCUGAAUCUGUUUGUGUUUUGUUGAGGGCAAUAAGCUUGUGCUUUGAUUUAUGUUAUAUGUGAUGGUUCUAAUAAUCCCCUGUGCU